ACUGAUUGUCCAUGACGUUUAGUUUAAUCUUAUUUCAAAUUAAAAAUUGUUUGCUGCCAAACAAAGUUAGCCACACCCGUAUUACUUUUAUAACUGAUUAUUUGUUUAAGAAAAUAAAAUUUUACAUUACAGAUUGCACUAACAAGAAGAUAAACUUCAAUAUAAUUAAUAUGUUAACUAGAAGUAUAAUAUUCUUUUCAAUUUUGUCAUGUACUUACUUUAUUGGAGUAAAUAGCCUCGAAUGCUAUGUUUGUGAAUCACAAGAGGACAAUUCAGAAAAAUGUAUUAAAACCAUUAAAACGUGUACCAACAAUGAAACUGUUUGCCUAACUGAAAUAAAAUGGGGAACGGCUCCAUACUGGUCCCAAGGCGCAAAAAAACAAUAUUAUAUAUCAAAAAGAUGUUCUGAGAAGGAAGAAUGCAUUAUUAUGAGGCAACGCAAUAUGCCUCUGUGUACUCAUAUUUGGUAUCAAGACUGGGUGUGUUCAGAUUGCUGCCAAGGUGAUAGAUGCAACUACUACAUAAUUAGUGGCAGUGGAACAACUAAACCUAUUUUAGGUGUUUUAUUGGGAGCACUGUUAAUUAUAAGAAGUAAGUUAAUAGUUUGAAAAUCAAUAAUUAUCUAUUGACUUAUGGAAAAAAAUGAGUCUUUGUAUUGAAAAAUAUGAUUAUAAUAUUAAGGAUGUUUCCAUAAUAUAAAAAUUGCCUUUAAAGAAAACAAAUGUAUGUCACUUAAUAACAAAUAGUAUAAUUAGUACAGUAUAGUAUUAACCUCUGAGUUUUCUCAGUAAUCAUUACCUGUGUCUGAUUUAAGUCAUUUGAAUGGUUCGCAAAUGAGUUAGUUUAUUUCGUAGAAUGUCAUUUAAAUAACAAUUGUUGAUCUAUAAUUUUUUUUUGUAAUUUGUUAAUGUUUUGAUAAAAUUUCUAAACAUUGAGACUUAGUUUAAUAAUGUAAUUGACUUUCUUAUAAAUCUCCAUUUUUGAGGUUUUAGAUGUAAUCUAGUUGUAAUAAUGACUAUUAUUAUUUUAUCCAUUGUAUUUUAUAUUUCUAAAAUUUAAUGUUUAACAAUUCACAUAAUUAUCAAGAUAUUUUCGAUAGAUAUGACUUAAUAUGAUAAUGUACUAUGUACUCUAAA